AUGAAGUUGGCCACACAGGCCAGCGGCAGUACUACCAACUGCCAGAGUGGUCUAUCCGGUUUAGGAAAUACCGUCGGAAUGAUGAUGCAGGGAAUCCAUGGUGAAGCACUUCUAUGCAAAUCAUUCUACAUGAUCCGAGACACUUUCUCAUGUGGUGAAAAAGCUGUCGAGCAGCAAUGCGAUGCCCAAGCUUUGCGAGAUCUUGGAAUACUCAAAAGACAGAUGAGCGAGUUGGGUGAAGAAGAGGGUUGCCCUCGAGUGCCACCGGCCAACUUGGACGCUAUCAUCGCCAGACCAGUGAAACGACCAACACCAAUGCCCCGCCCAAGCCGUCCCAUUGUGCCUCCCAUGGCUCGUGCCCUAAACACUGCUACUCCACUGGAAACGACCCGUGGUCCUACUACUCAAAUCGUCAACGAAACCGCCGAGUCGUCACCAUCAAUGGCAGCUCCAAUGGUCCCGCCACCGUCGCCUCCUCAAACUCAAACUACCUGUACACCUCCCCAGCAGAAGAAGUUCGAGGUGUGUGUACGACCGCUUACCACAUUCCAACCACAUCCGUUGUCCGUCAUCAAAGCGCCGCGACAAAUCGAUGAGGCUUGUGAGGAAUUCAAGAAAUUCCAGACUUGCGUCGCCGACGUCGCUUGCCAUCCACUAUGGGCUAAAGGAAUGACAGCC